CGGUACAGUAUUCUAAACUUGCUCACAUUAUUUACAAAGUUAAAAAAAAAACUUAAUACCUGCUAUAAUAGGAUAGUAUUCUUUUUGGAAAACCUUAAUGAUACGGUACUUAAAGCCACCUGUUUAGUGCAUAUUGGCAAAUUUGCUGUUGACUAGCAGCUGCUGGACAAGCCUUGUGGUGAAUAAAUGGCGCUGGAGGAGAUAUUAAUUAGAAUUUUGAUCGAUUUGGGAUUGUAAAAUUUAGCCACAAUGGUGUUUCACAUCCACUGGAUCUACAGAAGUGUGGCAACAGUGCACAGGUUUGCACCAUCCCGCGUGUCGCAGCUGGUGCAUCAUCACCAUCGUCAGCGCCUUCCUGUCUCCUCCACAGCAUCCCUACUCUCCCCCUAUCGGAGGACGUGUCACGGCAGCCUGGCUCGUGUGGGACGUCGGCCUCACUUCCUCCUCAAGCAUCCUCUCACAAGCCGACAUACACCCACACACAUCCAACAUCCGCGGUGUCCAUGUUUCUUACAAGACUGCAACACGAGAGACACGUCUAAGGGAUAGCUGAAGCACAGCCGCCAUCCUUCCCCUUCUCCCUUCUCUACAUCCCCCUCACCUCCUCCCGUUACCACCACUCUCCGAGGAGCCGUCCGAUAAAAGCAGGCAAGCUGUCUCUUCUCCCCAGGAAAGUGUCUCUCGGCUGGGUUGCUGGGCUCCCGCUGCCCCUGUGGAGGAUGAUCCUGUGGAUGAAGACAGAAGAGAUGGACAUAGGGGAGCUACUGGAGAGGCUAAGGACGGUCACCAGGAGCAUAGAUGAGAUCAUGCAACUGGACAGCAGUCCUCUGCGUGCCGCUGAUAUCACGCCUGAACUCAGGAAGCAGUUCGCUUUUCUUACAGGAGGCAGGGGAGACAACGGCAGCCCCAUCAUCGUGUUCCCGGAAUUCCCAGCUUUUGGCGAGAUCACGGACAGAGAGUUUCAUAACGUGCUCACCUACCUGACCAGUGUACCCAGUUUGCCAUCAACGGACGUGGGCUUCAUUCUUGUCAUCGAUCGCCGGCAGGACCGAUGGGCGGCCGUCAAAGGCACCCUGCUUCGGAUCGCGGGCUCAUUCCCUGGAAACCUCCAGCUGGUUCUGGUCCUGAGGCCCACCACCCUGUUCCAGCGCACGCUCUCCGACAUCCUCUUCAAGUUCAACAAAGAUGAGUUCAAGAUGAAAGUGCCAGUGAUCAUGCUGAGCUCAGUAAGUGAGCUUCACUCGUACAUCGACCACACACAGCUGACCCAUGAACUUGGUGGGACGCAGGUGUACUGUCACGAGAAGUGGAUCUCUCACCGCACGGCCAUCGAAGGAUUUGCGUUGAUGGUGAAGAAGACGGCCCAGGCCCUGCAGUCUUUUGGUGCUGAGCUGGCAGAAACAGAACUCCCCAAUGAGACCCAGGCCACCACCAUCCUGCUCAGUGCACACGGCAACAAGCGAGACAAGAUGAAGGAUGAUCUGCUGGUGUCUCUGAGGCAUGGCAGGAGGCUGCUGGAGAGCAUUAACGAACCUGUGAUGCAGAACCCCGACCACAACAUGAACCAAGACGAACUGGAGAACCUGGCAACAGUGCAGAGAUUGCUCUCUCAGGUGGACGAGACCGAAAUAGCUUUUGACGAAUUCUGGGGGAAGCACCGGUCAAAACUGGAGCAAUGUCUCCAGCUGCGUCACUUUGAGGACAACUACAAGGAAGUUAGAGUUCUGCUGGAUCAGGUGUUGGAGAAAGUGUCCACCUUCUCAGAGGUGGGCAUCAGCCCCGUCCACUCCGACCAUAUCUUAAGCGAGCUCACCACCUAUGAGGAGACAGUCAGUGAGGUCCUGGACAGAGCUCUGGCUUUGGCGCAAGAAGGUGACGACCUCAUCGAGAAGGCUCACUAUGCUCAGGAUUCUAUUCUGCCCAAAAGUAGCGAGCUCCGAGCGGUAGGACAGGUCCUGAGUGCUGACUUGAAGGCCAAGAAGGAGCAGCUACUCAAAGCCCGAGAGUUGCAUGGCUGUUUAGAGAGGGCUUCAAAAUGGUGCGACGACGGUAUUUACCUUCUGGCGUCUCAGCCCGUGGACAAGUGUCAAUCACACGAGGGGGCAGAGUUAGCCCUGCAGGAGCUCGAGGGUUUUUUGGCCGAAGCAGACCAAGAACGAUUGUCGGAUCCUUGUAACAUCUGGAGAGAUUAUGAGGAAGUGCUCAACCAGCAGCUCAAGGACCAAGUGGAGAAGGUCUUCCAGAAGCAGGCGUCAAUGCAAGAAAUGUUCGACAAGAGGAGGGUCAGCCUGAAUAAGUUGGCAGCCAAGCAGACCAGACCAGUGCAGCCAGUAGCCCCACGACCUGAAGCUUUCAUCAAAUCUCCCCUCAGCUCACCAGCGCAUAGAGGUAAACUGGAUCGGAAUGCCUCCGGGGGAAACACUGGAAGUUCUGAGAAAGGGGAUGAGCAGCUACAGAACGGACACGGUAACUGCAGACACGGUUCUCUGUCGGAAGAGGACGAGAACUUGGCUGUGCUGAGGAGGCACGUCAUGAACGAGCUGCUGGAAACUGAGAGAGCUUACGUUGAGGAGCUGCUGUGUGUGUUACAGGGUUACGCCUCCGAGAUGGAUAACCUAGCAAUGGCGCACCUCAUCCCUGCUUCGUUACAGAACAAAAAGGAAGUUCUGUUUGGCAACAUGCCUGAAAUCUACCACUUCCACAAGAGGACGUUUUUGAGGGAGUUGGAGUUGUACGCCGACUGUCCAGAAUUGGUUGGGAGAUGUUUCUUGGACAGGAUGACAGACCUGCAGAUCUACGAGAAGUACUGCCACAACAAGCCCCGCUCCGAAAGUCUCUGGAGGCAGUGCUCUGACGCCGCCUUCUUCCAGGUACUUCUUCAGCACGUUCGCCUUUAUCAGCUUGUUCUUUUGUCCUUAUUUUUUUUUAUUUUCCAGGAGUGUCAGAAAAAGCUAGAGCAUAAACUGGGCUUGGAUUCAUAUCUGCUGAAGCCUGUACAAAGAAUCACCAAAUACCAACUGCUCCUGAAGGAAAUGCUUAAAUACAGUAAAGGCUGUGAGGGGGCCAACGACUUGCAGGAGGCUCUGACGUCCAUCUUGGGUAUUCUUAAGGCUGUUAAUGACUCAAUGCACCUCAUCGCCAUUACAGGAUAUGAGGGGAACCUGGGUGACCUUGGCAAGCUGCUGAUGCAGGGUUCGUUCAGCGUGUGGACCGAGCACAAGAAGGGCCACGUCAAGGUCAAGGACUUGGCCCGUUUCAAGCCCAUGCAAAGGCACCUCUUCCUGCACGAGAAGGCCCUGCUCUUUUGCAAGAAGAGAGAGGAGAACGGGGAGGGCUACGAGAAAGCUCCCUCCUACAGUUUCAAGCAGUCGCUCAGUAUGAACGCUGUGGGAAUUACAGAGAACGCCAAAGGAGGAGAUAAAAAGUUUGAAAUCUGGAGCAACUCCAGAGAAGAGGUCUUCAUUGUACAGGCCCUGACUGCUGAAGUAAAGACCACCUGGGUGAACGAGAUUAGGAAGGUUUUGACCACUCAGCUGGAGGCGUGCAGAGAGGCCAGCCAGCAGAGGGCGCCAGAUCAAUGUGUUCCAGGUCCCACUGUGACAAGUGGUCCAGAGAACGUUAGCAGCAGUCCUUUCAAAAUGCGCCAGAGGAGUCUGAAAAAAGGAGAACUCGAUGCCAAUUCCUCUCCUUCGCCAAAGUCGAUAGGAAAAGACGAGAGAGCCACAAGCCCUACCUCAGACAGAACCGCCAUGGCUAAAAAGCGCUUUACUUUACAGGGCUUCAGUAACCUCAAAACCCAGAAAGGAUCUCCAACUAGCCCCGAUCACAAGACCAAGCGCCAGAGUGACCCGACGCCAUUCGGCUUCAAAGGCUGGAACAAGACAUCUCUAUCGCUAGACGCCUCAGAGGAAAAUGAAGGCUAUUCCAGUGGCGAAGAGCCUCUUAACUCAGACCCCGAAGACGACAACAGCAAGAAGCUGUGUGCUGGUAAAUACACUGUGACUGGCGACUAUGAAGAAUUUUCCACUCAAGACGUGGCAGUGAAAAGCGGAGACGUGGUGCAGCUGGUGAAAGAAGCAGAGGAUGGACAGUGGUUAGUGCGGAACCUGAACACAUCAAUGGAGGGCUGGAUGGCCACAGCUAAUCUGAUGACGCUCAUCGACAAGUCCAAGUCAUGCCAGUCCCUCACCAGCUCAGAAGGCAGUGGAUCAGAACACCUCAGCACGUCGUCAAGUUCCAGCGAGACGUGCGCGCCGGUCUCCGACAGCAAAUCCUGAGCUGCCCACCGCCGCCUUCCUUCCUCCCUCAUGAACAUCUUGUGGCUGUCAGUGAUGUAUUUGUCAGCAUUGAAACCAGCAGAUUUCCCCCACCCAAAGUCUCACACCCGUCCAAUGUGAGUAGCAGAGGAUACAUACCGAAAUGCAUUAUGUUUAUUUGGAUAACAUAAGAUGAAGUUAUAGAGGUAACGGGCCAGCAGGACUGAUCUCAGUUAUUAGUGUACAGUAUGGGGACCACCUGCAUCAAGUCACCCACAGUGAAAGCACAAUUCAAAACCUUUGAUAAUGGUUCCGACACAUUUUAUUAAUUUGUAAGGAAAAAACACCUACUUUAGUCAGAUUUACUUCUAAUAUCUUAUUUUUUUUACUGUGUCCUUUCAGUUAAGUCAUCACUGUUGGAUAAUGAUGUUUUUGCCAUCAGCUUUCCAGACUCGUAUUUGUUUGUUUGUCAGGCUCCUCGGCUGUGUCAUCUGUUCACUACAAUCAACAACAACAAAAAAACUGAAGAAAAUAUUGUUUAUAAUCAGAGAUGACUGUAUAGCGCUAUAACUUAUUCCAUUCCAUGUUUUGAAUGUAGAUAUUGUUUAUUAAUGCCUGUCAUGAGAUGUUUAUUGUUGGAGCUGCUAUAUUGUACAUUAUGUAUGGUGAUGUCACUGCCUUGUGACUUUUUUAUAUAUAUACAGUAUAUAUACACUGCAAGUAAAAAGAACUUCAUGAUAAUGCUG